UCGUCGUCCUCCGUUUGUGUGCGCCGUCGCCUGCGUGCCUGUGUUAUUGUUUCUCUCAUUCUCACUCUUGAAUUCCCUCACCCUUGAAUCGGAAUCACCACUCACAGAAACACCACCAGAGACCUCGAAGGUAAUCAAACCCGUAUGUGAAACUUUCUUCUUUUUUUGGGGUUGAUACUAAGGAGAGUCACAAUGAUAGAAGGUGGUCGAAUCCCACUAAAGGGGUGGCAGCAGGCCGCUGUUGCUCUUGGUUCAGCAGUUGGUGCAUUGCUAGACCCACGAAGAGCAGAUUUAAUCGCAGCUCUUGGAGAGACAACCGGAAAGCCUGCUUUUGAGAGAGUUCUUGAGAGGAUGAAGCGGAGUCUAGAAGGCAGGGCAGUAUUGUUAGAGCGUCCUCGUGUGAUAUCAGCUGAAGUUGGACAUGCUUGGGACCUACCAGAGAACACAUUUGGUGCUGCCUAUGCUAGAUUCAUGGGGUCCAGGAAUUUUUCUCCAGAUGAUAGACCUCCAGUGCGGUUCAUGGAGACAGAUGAACUAGCCUACGUAGCCAUGCGAGCUCGUGAAAUUCAUGAUUUCUGGCAUACCCUUUUCGGCCUACCGACUAACUUGAUCGGAGAGUCUGCACUAAAGGUGAUUGAGUUUGAGCAGAUGUACCUUCCUAUGUGCCUGCUGUCUGUUGUGGGGGGCACGGCAAGAUUCAGCGAAAAGCAGAGAAAACUGUUUUAUCAGCACUACUUCCCAUGGGCCAUUCGAGCUGGCAUGCAAUGCACUGAUCUUACGUGUGUAUAUUAUGAGCGGCACUUUCAUGAAGAUCUAGAAGAUGUCCGUAGGAAAUGGGGCAUUGUUCCUGCCCCUUCUGUUCCUAAACCACAAAUUUUUUGACCUAAUCAUUCGUGGGCGAUCAUCUUAUUUGCAAUGUAUUGGAGACGAUACACAGGAGAAUUUUUCUUUGAAAAUGGGGAUCCAGAUCUUCUGUUUGACAUUAUAUGGUCCUGUAUAGAGAAAAAUGAUAACGAGUUUGUUUGACAUGAUGUGCCUUAAUCUCAAAUUCUCAAUCA